ACACACACACGUUUUCUAUUUCAGUGGCAUUGCUGGAAAGUAAGCAGCUUAAAGGCAUCACCAUUUUCCACACUUUCUAUUAACAUAAUUUACAUUAGCUUCACUUUUUGUCUAAAAGAUAUACAGCAAAAGAACACAUUUUCUUUUAUGUCUGGUAGACCUUUGUGAAAUUUGAGACACUGUUUGGAGCAGCAACGAGUUUUUAGAGAGCGUCACAGGUAAAUUCUACUUCUUUUCUUUCCCUCUGCUGUCUUGGUCUGACUUUAAUGCUUUUUCUCAACUCUCGCUUUUCUAUAGUUCAGUCGAUAUUCUUCUCUUUGCUCAAAGAAACACAAUAAGAUGCAUGGGAUGACUGACGCUGCUUUGCUGUCGUUCCUUCUCUUGCAGCAAUCCCAGAGAUAAACCUAAUGAAUUUCGUUAACUCGGACAGGGGUGAGCGUUUUGCCUUCAAGUGCCCGGAACUGAGUGACUUCGCUACCGUGUUACGAGAGAAAUCUUCCUCCCAGGAAUGCAAACACAGCACUUUAUGCACGAGGAAGGGAGACAGCGAGUACAGAGCGUUCGUGAAACCAGAGAACCGCGGCAACUACAAGUUGAGCGUUUACGGUAAGCUCAAAUUCUCAACUGACCGCUCCUUUCAUUUGCUUGUGGAUUACUUCAUUACCGCGGACGAGGUGGAAGAUCAGUUCUCUCCCUUCCCCCAACAUUUUGGCGUGUGGGGUCCAAACUCCCUGGCGAUAGAUUUCGGGUUUUCCAGACGAAUUUACAAAUUCGACGUGCUGGCGUGCAGAAGUGGAGAGCUUUACGUGAAGUUACCAAUCUAUAAAUUCACCAGGACAAAGUCUGUUUUGGCGCCAGCUGUAACAGACAAGGGAGACGACUCAAAUAAGACUAACGGCGGGAUGUUUAAUAAUUUGUCCACCCUCACUCAGUAUGCUGAGGGUGUGGUACAUAUCAAGGCCAGAUUCCCUGAAGACGGGUUCUAUUCCCUGUCACUUCUUGCCCAGAAUCACGAGAUCACUGAUGACGCAACUACCACGUUCAUCAACGUGGCAAAUUUCGUGGUCAACUGCAUGAGAUCAUCACCAGUGGCCAGUCCCUACCCGAAAUGUUUCCCCAUCACCCAGAACUAUCAGUGUCUACUUCUAGAGCCGCUCUUCCGAGACCUUCAUGUGGGCCAGACAUACACGUUUAGACUUCGGUCUCCAAUAUUGAGUAAGGUGAAAAUCGAAAGCCAGGCCAUGGUCAAAAUACAGGUGUCCGACGACGAAGAAGACGGGCCGGGCGGGUCCAAAAGCGAGAAAGGGCGACCCACAGAGGAAGAAUGGAUCGCAGAGUUCACGGCCAAGUGUGUGGGUUCGUCAGUGUGUAUCUACGGCUGCCCGGAGUCGUCUGCAUCACUGUGUGCUCUUUAUAUCUUCAACGUGACCAGCGCGGAGUCAGACGUGGAGACCAUGAGUACACAUAUGUGAGACGCGCUUGUGACAUCAUGUGGCGUUAUAUUGGAUAUUGGCCACUUACGUCAGGUGAUAUUGUGAAAUCAUAAUAUGACUUUAUAUUGACAGCCUACAUCAAGACGAUUUGUGAAAAUAUAAGAAAAGAUCAGAUGAAAUAAGAUAAUACACUGAACACUAUAUUAUUACAGAUACCCUACGUCAAACCGUCUUGUAAUAAUAUAUUAUGUGUCACAACUUGGUGGAACCAAGUGCUCCCAAAUAUUUUGGCUUAUGGGGUUAUUUGUAUCAUCUUAAAGCUUGUUCAUGUGUCUUGCUUUUAAUGAUAACAAUGCUCUUCGAUCUUGAAUAGAGGUCGACAUAUUUGCAAAUGAAGGAGGUGGGGGCCUCCUUGUGUCAGAUGUAAGAUACGCUAGAAAUUGGCCGACAAAGGUUGAUGACUUCCAAAGCGUGAGUGUCCUUAAAAACUUAAAAUUGCGUACAUUAUUUUUUUAAUCAAUAUU